GCUGAGAACCCAGCCACUUCUGCUCCAACGAAUGCAUAAAGCAGAGCCCUGUUCUGCUCGUUACAUCACACAAGCACGUGAACACACAUUGCCCAGAAACACCCGAUCCUUCUGCUUCUCUCUUCCGCCGAGUAGUCCUCUCAAAAACUUCGAGGUCCUCUCCCUCUUCACUCGUUCCGUCGAGAAAUUAUCUCGCUCCCUCUUUUCCAAGCCGCGCGAGGCAUGGCAUCGUGGUGGAACCAGCUGGCGAUUCUCGGAAUUUGCGCGCUGAUCGCGGUGCUCGUCGCGCCGGCGGCGGCGAAGCGGCCCAGCAAGGAGGAGGUGAUCGCAGAGGUGAAGAGCGCGCGCGACGCACUCAAGAACCCCGCGAUUUCCAGCAAAUACCGAAUAACCACCACCUUCCUCGACCACUUCAUCCCGAAAUUGGGCCAUGCUCUUCCCGCGGACGACGCGCUGCUCACCUCCGACUCCGCCGGCGCGGGCGUGAGCAUGAUGCUGAACCCGAACGCGGACCUGGAGGACGCCAAAGGGUACUGGAACUGGCUGCGCGCCAACAUGGUGGACGGGCUCUACUCGGAGCAGGAGAUGAGCGACGCGCGUGAGCUCAAGGACGUCAAUGGCCGCAAGAUGAGCAAGAGUGAGGACGCCGCCGCCGCCGCGUCGGCGAAUCUGAGGGGGGGGAGGAAGAUGCGGUUCGGGAAGGCCAACGCGCAGAUUAACGACCCUGAGAUUUUCAAAGGGACGUUUCUGAUCGUUCAUGGUGUGGACGCUCUGCAGUCGCCGUACUGACCCGCCUGCCGGAUCAAAGCGUUUGUGCGAAAAGAAGCUCGUCUGGCUGAUCAGCUUCGUAGGCCCUACGACUAUUGGAGAAAAUCUCGCGAAUCCCGUUCCGCAGCGAAAAUUGGAAUAUAAUCGGACGCGCGAGACGGGAUUCGUGAGAUUCGCGAGAUUCUCUCCAUCUAUUGUGUGUUUCCUUGGCGCUCUCAUGUGUCUAGAUUACGCGUUCCUGGGUAGAGCUAUCUGGGUGGAGCAACGCAUUAGUGUGAUGGUGCUUGGCUGGAGGCUCCGGCUAGGAUGGGGUUUACGGAGGGGGGGGUAGUAGAUUGGAGAAAUGC